AUGGAAGCAAAAGCCGUUCAAACUCUCAACAUGGCAAAGACUGAAGGCAUUAAAAGAAAGUUGAAACCAGUGAUAGAGAAGAAGAGAAGAGAUCGAAUCAACCAUAAUCUUGAUGCAUUAAAAGAUCUGCUUUUUAAGACCACUGCAGACACUCGUCUGCAAAACCCUAAACUAGAAAAGGCCGAAAUUUUAGACUUUGCGGUUCAGUACAUAAGAAGGGCAUCAAGAAAAACAGAAAAGAAAGUUGCAUCUGAUCAAGUGGAUUCCAAGAGAACAACGAAUCGGUCUGUUUUCCCCAUCUACACCACUGAUGUUCAAGCUUAUACAGGGGACUUCUGUGGAAGACUGAAUCCAUCUGAGCGAAAGGAUGGUUCUCCAACACUAAAUGGAAAUAACACAACCUGUGCUUCCAGAGUAGCAUGUGAACCAGAGAUUCACACCAUGAUGAUGGCAGCAGGGGCAGCUGAAAGGGCUGCGCAGUUGGCAGAGAUGCUGGAUGGGUUGACAAGCAGGCUCAGGCUGAAAGAUGAGAGAGCACUGGAGCUUCUGUCUGUCUGA